UGCAAAGUGAAGGACGUUUAUUAUCUGACGCUACAAAGAGUGUUUUGACGUCAGACAAAAUCGGAAGUGUUUUCAAUAGAGUGUGCCAGGUCCACAGAAAAGUAAAAACAUAUUUAUAAUAAGUACACCAAGUGUGUAACUUAUACAAAAAUUUCCUUUAUUUAUCUUCUAAUUUUCAUUGUGAGGCCCGUGUGUUGACGUUGCAAAAUUCCUGAAAGGCCUGUACCACUCCGAAAUCGCAAUGUGACUGGUCGCGUUGUGAGAUACUUUGCUGUGAUUGGUUUAAAAAAUUGAUUAUGUAUGUCCAUGUGACCUUUGGGAGCCUCAAUAUUUUUUACAUAUUUUAGUGUGCUGUGUAAAACAAAAACUUCCCUCGUUCAGUGAGUAUUUGCAAAAUUGUGAAAAGUGGUGAAAUCGGAACAAGUGACUGAUUGUUUCUCUCGUGGCGUUUAAACGCUUGGCCAACAAUGCCGAGUCAUGGUGGUGUGUAAAAGCAUGGUGGAUAUAAUUUAGGUGUAUCAAUAUCGUGGGAAAUUAUAAAUAUAUUUAGUUGGUAUGUGACAAACUCUUUAAGUGUGGAUAUUUUUGUAACGUCAUAUAGAGAACUAUUUAAAUAUUUUCUGAACCUCCAAAAAUGAGCGAUUUCAGUAGAGACUUCUUCUUAGAUUCAGGCAUCACGAUAAAGCAAGAGCCCCUGAACGAUACCACCAUGAUAAACACUUCGGCUAGUGUCCCUAUUCCCUCAAAACGGGAGGCCGGGGACUACCGAGACUUCGGCAUUGACCUAGAAAAUUCUCAGUCCCCUUUAUACGCCGACGUUGGCCUCACGGGCCAGAUACAGACCACCGACAUUUAUGGUGGUAAUAUUUACUGGGGACAUAAUAGGAUAAUAGAUACUGACGAGAUGCUGAAGUCUGAAGCUCUCAUACACAUGGACGAUGAUGAUAUUUUCCAAGUAGACAAAGCCGAUUUGAUUCAGGGGCCUACUCUGGCUGAGUUGAAUGCCAACGAUGAGACUUUAUUAGGUAAAAGAUAUGGUGAUUUGAACUUUGACGAUUUGUUACUCCCCGAAGAGAGUACAUACAUAACCUUAGGUAAAAAUACGUAUGGUCACACGAAUACAAAUCAUAUGAAUAAUAACCCAGUUACGUCAGCGUCAUCUUGCCCACCCCAAGGAAUGUUGUAUUACAAGGAAUUGGACUUGCCUUCUAGUGUUCCAACAGGUAACUUCGAUCACUACAAUUCGAAGACGCCAGUGUCCGCUCUGUCUCCAGGCAGUCAAAACAGUUCAAGUUCAUCAAUUAUUCAGACAUCCUCUCCCAUACACGUCAGUAACUUGCAGCAGAAGCACAGCACCUUACACGAGCUGUUGAUGAAAGGGGAGAACUAUGUAUCGCCAGAUCGAUCGAUUCUAGGGCAAUCCGUUCCCGGCAGGAACACGAGCUUGCCAACUCAGAGCAUCAGGAUACCCCGGGGCCAUAAUUCUAGGUUAUCUUCCUCUGCGCCGACACACCUGGGGCUGGAACAAAUAUGGCAGCGACGCGAACCAAGGAAACACCUCUUAUCAACAAGUUCGCAGGCAGAAGCGGGAUCUACCUCUUCGCUAUCUACGGGUGGCAUACUGAGCCCUGACCCGCCGGACUUUUCUCACGAUGAUGAAAGCGAUGAAGAUAGCGAUGGGCACUAUGAAGAUUUCUCCUCUGAUAACGCUGACUCGGAUGACGACGAUGAACAUGGGGGCAAGUCGGCAAGCAAGAAGGAACGUUAUUUCUGGCAGUACAACGUUCAAGCUAAGGGACCCAAAGGGCAACGCUUAGUGAUGAAGUGUAAAAUGGAAGACCCGCACUAUCUCAACGAGAUAACCGACCCGGUGUUCAGCCCCGAUUGCUCCGUUAGAGGGAUUAAGCAUAGCGGAAAGGCUAGAAAAGGUGAUGGGAAUGAUUUGACUCCAAAUGCGAGGAAACUUUUCAAUAUAGGGAAGGAAUUGGACAAGUUGGGUAGAAUCAUAAACGAUAUGACGCCAGUGAGCGAGCUGCCUUUCAAUGUGCGUCCCACUUCCAGGAAAGAAAAGAACAAGCUGGCUUCUAGGGCUUGCAGGCUGAAAAAGAAAGCUCAGCACGAGGCUAAUAAGAUCAAAUUGAGUGGCUUGGAGUCUGAACACAAACGCCUUAUUAAUGGUAUUUAUCAGGCUAAACAAAUUCUGGCAGCAAAAUUAUCAGAACAGGCUCCCGAUAGACAGGAAGAGCUGUCGAUGAAUUUGGAUAAGAUUUAUAAAAACUGUACCAUUAAGAUAGCCGGUCACACUACGGAAUAUGUCAAUAAGGUUCUGGACAAGGUGAGGAAUGGCGUCCACACCACCGGUGCCGCCGAAGACUUAUAGACGGGCGUGAAGCCUCCCAAUAGAAUCUCAGCGCCGCGUUAGACGGCGGCAGACGGUAAGGUAGGAAGGGACGGGUCGUGUCCGUAAUAAAACUUGUAUAGUGCGGAGCUAGAAUUGUAUAUUUUUAUUAAACAUUUAGUACCGAUAGUACCUACACUAUAGCUUUAAUUGUUAUUUAUAACAUGUAACAGAUCAAAUAAUUCGUAGGUUACCUACUAUAUGUUCUUUCUUGUUUUUUAUUUUAGGUGUUUUUUAUCAAAGCGAGGUGUAAUAAUGGGGGUGGUCAGUAUAUAGGGAAGGUGUUACUUUUAGCAGAGUUACACUUCGCUUUUUGUAAAAAUAUGUCGUAAUUUAUAAAAGGUGUUUUUCGAAGCCUCUAUUUUUCUUUUCUGUACAGGAUAGUUGUGUUUUGUGUGCCUCGCUUCUUUUUAACAUAUUUAAAAAAAAUGUAUAUACUGAACUUUUUUUAUUUCUGAAAAGAUAUGGAAUAUGUGCUCAUUUAUCGUGACAUUUAAAACACUUAUCUUGUACAGUAAAUGUUCCCAUCAUGGUUGAUUACAACUACUUAGAAAAUUUUAUUUAAUUUGUUUACCGUGAUGUUAGCUUCUCUAAUUGUACAUGAAAUGGGCCUGUUCCUGAAUAAAACGUAUUUGAAAUAAUAA